UAUUACUCUAGUUUGGUUGGAGGUUGGAAGCGAGGAGAAACAAAGAAAAAGAUGGAAAGCAAUAAACUCAAAGCCUCUGGUAUCCUGAAAAAAGCUCUCACAGUUUUUACCAAAAACACCAACUUCAUAAUCUUCACAUCUCUAGUCUCCCUUCCUUUCUUCUGCUUCUCUCUUUACUUCGAGACUUCCCUCCAAAACUUCCUUCUCCAAACCUCUGCGUUUCUUCUUCAAGGAAAAGAUCACGAAACCCCUGAACGUGAAUUUCUUCAAUUUGGAAAUGGGUCCUAUGUGAUUACCCUUCACUCUUACUUCGAGCAUCACGAAACCAAUUGGUCUUUACCACUUGAUAUAGUCCGAAAAUUGAACAGUGAUCUUUUUCGCGAGCUUCUCCAACUGGGUUUUCUCUACUUGGUCCCUUUCCAUCUCCUAGAGCUCUUAACCGUGCUUGUGAUUGUCGAUUUUGCGUCGAAGAUUUACAGAGAAGACAAGUCCUUCACUUUCAAUGACAUGCUCGACGUAAAAACCGACGGAGCAAGAUUAAGGGGCAUUCUCAUCACUUAUGGCUAUGUUGUGUUGUUGUCGACAUGUACUCUCUUUGGAUUUAUAUGGUUACUCGCAACCUAUUCUUCUGCUUUAAGGUAUUAUGACUCUGACAAUGGUUUUAUUUUGAGGUCCUAUUUGUUGGGAAGGGGAUCUGAUGUUUUUUUUCACCUAGUAUAUGGGGCAAAUCUGUUGUUGCUCAUAGGAAUUUACUUGGUUUGGAGUGCUAUAUGGAACUUGGGUCUUGUGGUUUCAUUGUUGAAAGGAACGUAUGGGGCCAAAGCGUUAGGUUCAUCAGCUUAUCUUAGCUUAAGGAAUGCUCACAAUGGGGUGAUUUUGAUGCUUGUUUUCUCUGUUUGGGGAGUUGGUUUGAGGCUAAUUCCAUGCCUAGUUUUUGGUGGGUAUAAAACAUGGGGUUGGAUUGUUGCUCAGACUAGUUUGUUCUGCUUCGGAAAUGCGCUUAAAUGGGUCUCGUUUGUGGUGUAUUUUGAUGAUUGCAUUAAGAGAAUUUUUGGGAAGAAAGUUGAUGCAGAAGAAGGUAAAGAAUUAAGAGGUCAAAACAGCUCGUGAAUAAACACAACUACUGAGAUGAAAAAAUCGUAUUAAUCGUCUGGGAAGCUUAUGAUUCCAAACCAUAUUUAGAGUCAAGCCAAUGGCAAAGCAAUAAUAAUGAGCUUUCAAUUAUCUUCUGUCGAUGUCUCUCCACAUAUAUGACCUGACUAGAAAUGAAGGUUUGUAGACUAUUAUUGUAUACAAGGCUUCCUUGGUGAAUGUUACGUGUUUACCAAGUAAAGGCACCUUGCCUGUUUUAUGAACUUGCUCUUUUGUUUUAUUUUUCUUCAGUAUGUCUCUUUAUUUAAUAGAUUUGAGUGGAAGACUUGGUUACGCAUGGUUUAA